AUGGAUUUAGGCUCUAUUAAUAUAGGGGACAUACCUAUUCCACCAAUGACGGAAGACUCAAUCAGUUUACCAUUUUAUAUGCUGUCACUAAGCGAACAGGGUGAACUUCAAAGACAGGUAGAUAAAUUAUUAUAAGAUGGGUUAAUUGUUCCAUUCAAUUCUUCGUAUGCUAGUCCAGUAUUUUUGGUUAAUAAAGUAGACGGCACAAAAAGAUUAGUUAUAGAUUACAGGAAAUUAAAUAAACAGGAAAUUAUCUCAUAAAAAUUUUCCAAUUACGCACAUAUUUACAAUAUUUGAUUGUUUAGAGGGGGCAAAAUAUUUAACAUAAUGGAUAUGCAACGGAUUUUUUAAAUAUUUUGUUAGAGGAAACAGACAGACAUAAGUUUGCGUUUAUCACACGACAGGAAUUAUAUGAGCAGACACGAUUUUCUUAUUAUUAAAGUUUUAAAGAAUCAUACUAAGUCUAAGCCUAAUAAAUUGACUGAGCGUUAAAAGUUUAAAGAGCGAAGACAAAUUCUAACAGAAUCGAUAAUGGAUUAUAUAGCAGUAUUGAAGAAUGUUGCCAUCAACUGUGAGUUUUAAAGUAACCUAGAAGAGAUGUUACGCAAUCAGAUUGUAUGGGGAGUAAAAGAUAAUGCUAUUAAGAACAAAUUAUUAGCUAAAGCGAAUCUUACAUAUACAGAUAUAGUUGAAAUAGCUUCAUCAAUGGAAAUUGUUCAAAAAGAUUUAGUUGAGUUUUCACACGCUUCAUCAAAAGAACUAAACUUCAUCAAGAAUAAAGGACCAAGAAAAAAGGAUACACUUGGAAGAUUAGCUAAGAAGAUAAUUGAUGAUCAAAAACCAGAGGAAAGGAAGUGCAUUAGGCAGUCAAUAUCAUGCUGCAAAACAAUACUCGGGGACAGUCAGUAA